AUGCGUCCGUUCUCUACCGACACCGACACCUUGGUCUCCAUGAACAAUCGCGAGUUCAUCGUCGCCGCGUUGCAAGGCGACGAAGACAGCGGUCCGUUCCGCAUCGACGGCCGCGCGCCCGGGGAAGUUCGCGGCGGCGGCGACACUUUUGAGAAUCAAAUCGAAAUCUCAUUCGGACCCCUCGACGGUGUUUGCGUCGUUCGUUUGGGCCAUACGCUCGCGUGCGCGACGACGACGGGUCAAUUGGAGCGUCCGGCGUCCGCGGGGGCGUCGGCGGAGGGGUCGUUACGAGUGGACGUGGAGUUUUCGAGCGGCGCGUGCACGGGGUUCGCCCGGGACGGCAGAGCGAGUCGGGAGACGCGGCAGCGAUCGAGAGAUUUAGGGAUGUUGUUAGAGAGAGGGUUGAAGGAUGGGCGAGCGGUGGACGUGGAGUCGCUGUGCGUGUUGGCGGGGAAGCGGACGUGGGCGAUCACUUGUUCGGUUACAAUUUUGGCGCACGACGGAAAUUUGGCGGGCGUCGCGAGUUUAGCCGCGUGCGGGUCCCUGAUGACGUAUCGCAGGCCGGAGUGCUCGGUGGAUCCGAACAGUGGUAUCGUGACGGUACAUAGUGUGGACGCGAGGGAGGCGAUCGCGCUGAACAUGCACCACUUUCCGAUUGCGUCCACGUAUUGCUUCUUCGAUGAAGCGCCGGGACUGGCUGUGGCGGAUCCCACGCUCGAGGAAGAGAUCACCGCCGACGGGAGCGUGGUGUGCGUCGUGAACUCGCUCGAGGAAGUGUGCGCGGUGUCGACGAGCGGAAACGGGGUGUCGGGCGAAGAUGUGAAGCAGUGCGUAUCGGCGAGCGUCAACACAGCGAUGAAGUGGACAGAGGUGCUCAAGGCAGCGGCGGCGGAUUUUGAAGCUGCCAGACUCGCGAACAAGGUUCGAACGCAUUACGACGGGUAUAAAGACGCUCCUGACGACGAUCACCUCCUCGAUUUGUUCUACAAACCUGGCCGAGACGACAUCGAGUUUGUGGAUGACGACGCGGAGGAGACUCCGCAGAGCGACAGUGCCGAGGACGAGGAUAGCGACGAUGACGAAAGAGGAGAAGAUAUCGAUAAUGAAGCUGCGAUUGAUGACGACGCCGUUGUCACUGAGCGCGUGUCUACGAAGAAGACGAAGAAAAAAACGUCUGAACCUCCAAAGGAUGAGAGCGACGAGGAGACCAGAUUCCGCGAGGACGAUGACAUCGAUGCCCUCUUCGACAAGGCGGAAAAGAAGAAGAAGAAGAAACUUGCAUCCUGGGACGACCUCCCGGGCGACGGUGAAUCCCUCGCCGACGCGGUGAAACCUCGGAAAAAGCUCAAGAAGACGUCGACCAAAUCCGGCAAAAAGUAA